AACAUCAUUAUGCCACAUAGUCUCAUACUUUGUUUGACAUUAUUAAUAUGCUCCUCGUAUUCACAGUCACCACAUGAUCAUCAAAUGUUUUACAUAUUAAAUGUAAGUAGGAUCUGAUCAUAAUAUUGAGGGACAUUGAAGGGGACAAAAGUGCUUCUCAUGCUGAAAUACAAUUAGAUCACUGAGGCCUCUGACAUAUUCGUUAAUUAUGCCACCUUUGGCCCGCUUUUUGUCUCCAUAAAGGUCUCUGGCUGUAUCUCUCUUUCAAAUCUGUUCUUCUCUUGGGGUAGGGCCUGCAUGCGCAAUAUGCCUGUCUCCCUUGCAGGGCUCCAAACCCCUUUAUAAACCACGCCUGGGUCAACUAGAAAGUCACAGCUCUUGCAAACAGGGAGACAGAAAGCUAAGUGCUGCUCAAAGCAAAAAAUCUCCUGCCAUUUCAGCCAUUUGUAUUUUGAUUUAUUUGCUUGGGGUGCUAUGUGGAAAGCUGUUGCUCUGGCUGUGUGUCUGCUGGUGGCUGGGGUUCAGUCCAUGGAUGACCCGUCAUAUGGGGUGAAGCUGUGUGGUCGUGAGUUCAUCCGGGCAGUCAUCUUCACUUGCGGAGGCUCACGAUGGAAACGGUCACUCAGGAGUGCAGAUGUUUCAGAGGACCCAUUCAGCUCCCGUCAGGAGGAGUCCUCAGAGGGCUUGAGUCCCAACUCUGUGGUGGACAGUCUCCUCCAGAGGAACAGAGAUCUAAGCUUCACACCCAGAGACAACCAGGAGGGAGUGUUCAGAAGGCCGACCCGUUCUUUCAUCACCGAGGAGAUCCUGGAAGCCCUUCGCAAGGCUGACCGCAAGGGCCGGGACGUGGUGGUGGGUCUGUCCAACGCCUGCUGCAAGUGGGGCUGCAGCAAGAGCGAGAUCAGCUCUCUUUGCUGAGAGUCGACCUCCGGCAUCUGAUUGAAUACAUCGGCAGACAUACAUUGUUUACAUAAGUACACAAACAGACACACGAAUACACACACACACACAUCUCUUAGUUAACCCAUUAUAUGAACUGUUUGAACUGCUGUUUUAUUUUGUAGCAUCUAUGAAGUGUAUGGAAAGGGCUGCCAUGUGUUCAAAAUGUUUACAUACAUUUCUGUUAAAAAAAAAUGCAUUGUAGGCUUUGUAAUGAAAGCCUUAAUUAUUCAAUCUUGAACCAAGUUGUUUUGUCCUUCCCAAACACUAUCAUACACAUUGUAAUAAACCUUUAUUUUUUACAUGAAGCUGAAUUGUGCACCGGAGAAUUCAAGGGAAUAAAAACACUUUGUUAUGAUCAUUUGACAGCAACUGCAUAAA